ACAAUUAGGGAGAGUGAAAAUGAUUUAUUAGCUCAUUGGUCUCGACUGCCACAAGUCGAGAACCGGUUUGUUUCACCGUCACAGAUCACGUCGAGUAAAUUCAAUUAAUUGCGCAAACAUCCUCAUCAUCCCGGAAUGGCGCUGCAAAUUCGGCAACUCACUGCAAAUAUUGGCUGGAUGCUGUUUUUGCUGAAAUUUUCACGAGUGUUUGGCCAGUUGGGGAUUCCUAACAAUUUAAUAUGCACGGACGAUUUCUGCGACAAUUACCGCGAAGCCAACGAGUGCGAAGGAUUACGAACGUCUUGCAAGGUCCAGAACGCCACCCACAAUGGGAUCGCGUUGCCAUCGAUGACGCCGUGCUCGUGUUGCCAGAUCUGCAUCGAUAACGUGAAACUCGGGGAGGACUGCAGCGUUGGCGGGCUUGGUUCGCCCGUUCCGACGGGGAUCUGCGGCCCGGGGCUGUACUGCAUGGUGGUUGAAGGCGAAGAACAUCCAACGUGUCAGCCUAUGCACGCGUCUAGCCAGUGUUACAAGGAGCAAAAAAUAUUCGACGAGAAGCGCCAGAACGGAACUAUCGGACACCUGGAACAAAGGCCGGCCUGUGACGCGGACGGUAACUUUGAGCCGGUUGUUUGCAUUCCCGGACAAACUUGCUAUUGUGUGGAUGAAAAUGGAAAGCGAAUCUUUGGAGAAGAUAUUCACACGGCCAACAUUCAAAUUUCAAUGAGAUGUGAAUGUUCACGGUUGGCUGCCAAGGCCCAGAAGCUGCUCAACUCGAGAUAUCCGAUAUUCACGUCGCGAUGCGAUGCCAAGGGAUCGUUCGAUCAGCUGCAGUGCGUGGAUGACAUUUGCACGUGCGUCGACAUGCACUCCGGGCAGCCAACGUCGGACAAGAAAAAUAUCACCCGUGGGCUGGCGGGACUUGCGUGCUACAAUAAAUACAGCCACGAGAACACAACUUACCUACGUGACUGUGAAUAUGUCAAAUUAUCGCAGUUACGUGACAUUCACGACUAUGAACUACUGGGCUAUAAUGUUUUGGAGUUUGAAACGGACAUCUGUCAACCCGAUGGAUGGUACAAUCGAAUUCAGUCAAAUAUUACUCACAAAUAUUGCGUGUUCAAAAAUGGGACCAUAAUCGAACCUUAUGUAGUGUCUAAAGGUUCUGAGUUCGCCACCAAAAUGAACUGCAAGUGUGCCCGAGCGCGAACGCUGCUGAUGGAGAAGACCACACUGGAGGUGCCGGAAUGCUGCCCCAAUGGGAGCUACAAACCGCUGGUCUGCCGAAGGGGACAGUGCUACUGCGUUGACGAGGAUGGCAAGCAGGUGGGAGUCGAGCGGCCCGCCAAGAACAAACAGGAGCUGGAGUGUUUUGACGCGGAAGAUGUUUGCAAAAAUAUUUUGCGGUGAUGAUGGUUGAGCAAACAUUUUAUUCCGAAACAUUGCUUUUUUAAGUAUACUGAAGAACCAAUUGACAAAAACGAUAUAAUUUUAGCUUUUUUCAGUGCUUUGUAAUUUAGUAAAAUUUUGA